CUCGAGUUCCGUGUGUCGAGUGUUCGUUGCUGUUCGGUUGGUGCGCCUCGACAGAGCGAAAUCGCAUAAAAUGGAAACAGAGUUUUGCUGCGAGGUGGAGGUUGGUCGUUGAAGAAACGUGAACAUGGGAAGGUCCAAGUUCCCCGGAAAGCCGCCCAAGACGGUCACCAGGAAGCGAAUCAAAGUACUCGGGCGGCCCGAAGCGACCCAAAGCGAUUCCGUAACCGUCGCCGAGAACAUCUACUACGGACUUUCCCUGUUCAACGAAACAUUCGGUGACAACGAAAAGGAACAUCCACCGUUUCAUGGCUUCAGCAGCAAAGAGGCUAAACUUUCUGUGUCUUACGUACAGACUCAACGGCGCGACACGGAGAACACUGUUGCCGGUGCUAGUCCUGCUACGAAUAAAAAACCCUGUGACAAAAAUGAUGCAGUGGAAGAUAAGAAUUGCUCGGAUAUCGAGAACCAUAAAGAAGCCCCGUGUAAGGAAAGUGUUUUGGAACAGCAGAAGGAUGCCAGCAAAAACGAGUUAAAGACACUAUCGUUCGAUGAUACCAGUGCGGUUAGUGGAAGACAAGAAAAGAAGAAUGAAAACAGAGGAUUCUCCAAUUUGAUAAAAACUCCUGUGUUAAAGUCUGUGAAUAAUAUUUUGGAUCGGCACCAACGUACCAGGCAUUUGAGAAACAGCACCGCCAAGCGUUUGUUACAACGAGCUAAAUCUAGUAGCAACAAUACCACUCGCAAUAUUACGGUCCAGACUGGUGAUAAAACUGGCACUGUAAGGAAAUUUGUUCUACCUGUGCGUAGUGCGCAUUCUUCGAGGGUCAUCAAGCCAAACAAAAGAUUUAUUGAAGAAUUAGAGGAAAUUUCUAAUGCAGAGCAUAGCGAAAAUGAGCAUGGAAAGUACGGGAAAAAGGCAAGAAUCGCAUCAGGGAAACUUUCCCAUCAGGAAUUAAAAGACGAAGAAGAAAAUGUUGGCUUAAUGAAUGCAAAAUUUUCUGGGAAGGAUGGUAAAAGAUGUAAGAAGGCUAUUCGACUCGAUUCUCAAAUUUUGAAUGAAACCCUGAAAAAUGAUGAAAAACCAUCAAAUUCUGUACAAGACGCACAAGUAUCAAAAGAUUUUCAAAAUGAGCCUAAAAAAUCACAAAAUGUACCAAGCAAAUUUAAAACACCAAACAGGACCGCUCAAAAUAUUAAUAAUGUCCGAGAUGUGUUAAUAAAAACAAUGGCUUCAGAUGAUACAGCUCAAAAUGUAAAGAUAAAUGUCUCAACGAAUCAUAAACAGAUUUCUAUUCCUAUAAAAGUUCUUCCUGAUUCUAAUGUUCCCAGUAUGGAGUCUUCCAGAGUUCAGACAAGAUCCGGAACUCUCAGCGAAGCACCUAAUUUCCCAAAUUCUGAGAUAAAUAUUAAGGCACCAUUAGAAAUUGAUCAAUCGGUACACCUUGAGAGUUUAAAAUCAAACGAGGGUGAAAGUAACAGGAAUGCAUUAAAUGGCAUUGAAAAGAACGAUAACGAAGGAUCCAGUAUCACGGAUUGUCCGGAUAACAUUGAUGCGGAAAGUACAUUGUCUGAAAAUGGCAGUGAUCACGGUGAUCCUAACGAGGAUGAGCAAUCCGAUUGGGCAGGUAUUAAAUUAAAUGGAGGGAAAGUAAUUUUGAGGAAAGCAAGAUUAAAAUUAGAUAAUAAAAACUCGAGAGGAACCGAAGGUCCAUUUUCAACUACAAAUACUUACGGUAGUCCAAAUGCUACUUCUAUCUCUGGAUUGGCAGGAACCGUGAAGUGUGGAGUUUGUGGUGCCGUACGAUUUUACAGGUUUAUGAAACAAGCGAGGAAAUUUGGUAUACACAGCUGCGACUCGUGUCGAAAAUUCAUUAGUAAGAUGAUUAAACGCCAAGCUUGCGCCAAAUCAACAACCAGUACUCUUCCGAUACUUCAGUGUCACAAAGGCGAUGGAUUAUGUCUAGUACCACCUGUUGUUAAGACUCAGCAGUGGAACCUUAUGAGAUGCGUUUAUAAAGCUAGAUGUCCAGCAUGUUGGCUCAAAAUGUGUAUAAAGUGUUACAACAUUCCUGCUGCUUUGAAGGCGGGAUUGAAUGCCUUAUUGCCGCCCUUAAUGAGGGAGACCGUACCCACUUCGUUACUAUUGAGACAAGAUGACGGUGAUGGGCAAGCACAAAAGUUAGGCUGUAAAAUGGGUUGGCCUGCCGAGGAAAGCGUGGAAAGAAAUUUAUUCAAGUCCGCAAUGAGCUGGAAUGGUAUGGAAAUUGGUUCGAAAGUAAAUUAUCAAAAUACUACCCGGGAAUUUCUAGGCAAGAAGUUAGAAAAGUUCAAUUACCCGAUCCCAGUAACACCUAGUAAAAAACGGAAAAAGGAUAACGGAAUAAAGGUCCGGAAGAAAGUGAAAAGCCCUCUUGUUUUUGUUCCUGUAAAUCAGUGUACGCAACCUCCCAGACAGCGAGUCGAGUUAAGAGGACCCCGAGUCAAACAUGUCUGCAGAAGUGCUAGUGUUGCUCUCGGUCAGCCAAUCGCGACGUUUCCUUGCGCGGAUGGCAAGGAAGAGAACGAUCCUACUAAGAACAUUCCGAAGGUGCAACGAGACGACGAAAAGCCAGGAAAAAAGGAUGAGGCUUCGAAGGAUUCAAAAGAACCGCAAAAAAAUAAUCACGAAAACGACACAAACUUUAUCAUGAAUACGGUACAACAAUCUUAUCCCAAACGGAGUAAAUCGCAAUCUCAGUCGAUUUUAGCGCCAAACCUUCCCACGACACGUUCUUUAUCAAAGCCUUCGAUGGAUACUAUACACACCCUGUCAAUAGAUUUUUGGGAGCAAUACGACCCGGCAGAAGUCGGAACCAAAGGUUUCGCUCUAAUUGGCUCGGAACUCUUUCACAUUCCUGCUGUUUGCUAUCUCUGCGGUAGCGCUGGGAAGGAACCCCUUAUACACUGUCAAUGUUGUUGCGAGCCGUACCACGUCUUCUGUUUAGAGCCAAGCGAGUGGAGCGCUUGCGCUCAGUCUAAUUGGUCCUGUCCUCGCUGUACGGUAUGUCAAACGUGUCAUCUUAGAGCGGGUCCAAAAUUGUCGUGCAUCCGCUGUCGACAGUCUUUCCAUCACUCUUGCCUAUCCAAAUCCGGCGUAAGUGCGAGACUCUAUAGUCCCGACAGACCAUAUGUAUGCCAGAGCUGCAUAAAAUGCAAAAGUUGCGGCAGCGAGGGAGUGAGCGUUCACGUUGGUAAUUUGCCCCUGUGCUCGAUGUGCUUCAAACUGAGGCAACGCGGUAACUACUGUCCCCUCUGUCAGAGAUGCUACAACGAAAAUGACUUCGAUACGAAGAUGAUGGAGUGCAACGAAUGUUCCUGUUGGGUGCAUGCACGCUGCGAGGGGCUAUCGGACGAACGCUACCAAGUUCUGAGUUACCUCCCAGAUUCCAUCGAGUUCACCUGUCGUCAGUGCUCCCCGGAUCCUGCGUCAAUUUGGAGGAACGCCAUAGAAGCCGAACUGAAGUCUGGCUUUAUAGCGGUGAUAAAGGCCUUAAGUAAAAAUCGCAAGACUUGCGCGGCGCUCAAAUGGAGCCCCAGGAAGGAAUGCCUCUGCAGACCGGUCUCGAGCGUCAGAAAGCUCGACUUUUCUGACGAGAAAGUCGAUGCCGAUGUUCCAAAAGAACUCCCGAUGUUGGAAGAGACGGAGGACUGUAACGGCGACAAGCUUACCGAUAUCGAUGCCGGAGUAACCGCUAGCAUAAAACUGGAGAUUUUGACUAAAUCUGAAAUCGACAUGGAUGAACAAAAUAUGGAUAUUCCAAGGAGAGGUCUGAGACGUCCUAGGCAAAAAUUUCAUUUGAAGGACGCAAGGAUGAAGAAUUGCAUUUCGCGGGAAUGUUUAUCCGGCGAAGGAAAGGACGUCUUCAAUCAGGAGUCCGUAAGUGCAAGCGAUGGGAAGGAGUGCACCUGUUCGGAUCAGCAGAUCAUAGCGAGACCAUCGCCGACGUUGAUGUCCGUAAAGCGAAAGGUCAGCGGAAACGAAUACGGAUCUCUGUCGCAAUUUCACUGUGACAUGGAGCACGUCAUAAAUCGCGCCGGCGCACAGGACCUUAUGGAGGCUUAUCGCAAGACCUUGAAGGAAGUGUUUCCGUGGUUCGACCCGACGCACUCUAAAAUCACCCCCGGGACCGAUGGCAUGACAACUCCGACUAAGGAGGUGCACUCCAAAACGAACUCCGUUACGAUGAAGCUGGACGAUUCCAUUCUGGAAACGUGGAAAGAAGAGGUGCUGAAGGUGCCCAAGGCCAUCGCCAUUAAGGCCUGUAACCUGUAUUCCAACAUCCACGUCGAGGAUAGCAGAACGUGUUGUCUGUGCAAGGGUUUAGGGGACGGAUACGAGAUGAAGGAAGGUCGCCUCCUGUAUUGUGGUCAAAACGAGUGGGUGCACGCAAAUUGUGCCCUGUGGUCGAACGAAGUAUUCGAGGAAAUCGAUGGAUCCUUGCAGAACGUCCACAGCGCCAUUUCGAGAGGUCGACUGAUCAGGUGCACCGAAUGCGGCAAGAAGGGCGCCAGUGUCGGCUGCUGUUCGAGGAAUUGCAACAGUACUUUCCAUUAUCCCUGCGCGAGAGCCAUCGGCCUGGCCUUCAACGACGACAAAACAGUAUUUUGUUCUUUGCAUUUAGCUAAUUGCGCCGAAAGGACCCCGCAGAGCGAGACGGAUUUCGGGUUGAAGAGACCCGUGUACGUCGAGCUGGAUCGUAAGAAGAAAAAGUACGUGGAGCCUAAUAAGGUCAAAGCGAUGAUCGGUUCGCUGACCAUUGACUGUUUGGGAACGGUCGUGCCGCAGUUCUCCGAUACGCCGGAGAAGAUCAUACCCAGCGACUACAAGUGCUCCAGGCUAUACUGGUCCACGGUGAAUCCUCUGAAGAUCGUCAAGUAUUACAUUCGAACCUACGUUCAAGUUUACGUCCCGGACGUCUCCCCUGGAUUAGAGAAUAACUGCACUAUCGACCAUUCCAAGGAACGGGAGAGAGAAGAAAUACUGGACCGACAGAAGCUGGAACAUUUGGCCGCGAAGCAAACGUUGGACGCUCUAGUGGACGCGGUCUGCAGCAGAGAGGUCGACGAGACUCUGGCCGAGCAGAAUAACACGGAUCUACUUCCCCCCGAGCUGGAGGAGGCGAUCUUCGAAGACCUACCCCACGACCUGCUGGACGGCAUCUUUAUGCAAGAUAUAUUCCCGAAGAUGUCGUACGAAGACUUCUUGGCCAUGGAUUUGAAGAGUGACAACGUGUUCGGGACCGACUUGCUCAAGGAUGAUAUUCUACCCUCGGAAGUGGAGGAGAUCAUCGCACCCCCCGAGAGCAAGGUCCCAAAGACCGACCCGUCCAUGCCGGAGUUGGGCACUCAAAGCGACUUCUGGUCUCACCUAGAGGCCAAAAGCACCGUCCAAGACUUCGUGGACGACCUCUUCAGUUCCAAGCACCAGAAGCUCGGAGGCAGGGAACUGAAAAGGUCCAAGUCCGAGGUCAUGCCGAACAACUCCCUCGUGUCCAGUCAGAGGCACCACCAACGUUCCUGCAGUUUGACGUGGAGUUGCAAGUUGGACGGGCCGAACAUGAAGAGAAGGAAGUUGCCGAGAAGUUCCGGAACGAGGCCAGGGGACGGGAACGUCACGUUGAUGGACACGCAGACGGAACGUCCACCCGUGUUUCACGAGCUGAGGAUUCCGGAGAGCAUCAUGGUGACGGUGGGUCGAGCGAACACUCCGGGUCUGAUUUCGGAGUCCAUGCGAGAGUUGAAGUACUGUAUCGACGACUCGAACGGGAUCAAUCGCCGCGCCCUGCAGCCGAGAGACGACGGCAAGGAACACAAGAGGCUCUUCUGGCACCCGAGGCAACAACCACGGAUCCUUCAGGUGGACGGAACGGUCGAUCCUGGCAGCGCCAGCGAGUGCAGCUCGCCCGAGUACAACGUCGAGGACAGGCUGUCCGACCUGGACAGGGCGAGGUCUCACGGGCUUCCACGUUUGGAUGGCAUUGACGACGAGCCCCCACGUGGUGUCAUGAACGGCGGCAUCCGAACGCAGGCGGUUUCUUCGCGACCCUCACCUUUGAAGGAAGGGCCAGGGUUAGGAGACGUCGGCAAACCUCACGACUCGAGGGCUCGAGAAGGAGUCAACGACGCCGACGGAGAAUCCAGCAUCGCGCCCGUAAAGUACGAUCCCAUGAAAAUGAACUCAGCAAUGGGCCGAAACCAGAGAUGCACCCUGACGAUACCUCAGCUAGACGGCGCGGAUGACAUAUCUAGCGACGACGAGUGCACGUCGCCCCAGCCGUUCGCCGAAUGCAAAGUGACGUCAAUUCCGAAGCACGUUCCGGAGAUGGACCCUGCCGAUGGGCCGGUGACCUGUAAACGAUGUCAAUGCACGUACAGGACCCAGGACAGCUACGACCGGCACUUGGCAACCUGCGACAUCAUGACGACGAGCGACAGCGACUCCGAGACCAUGGACAACAAGCUGGCGUCUCCGGAUUCCAGGUUCUCCCCCAGCGUGGGCUCGGUGUCUCCACAAUUCGUGACCAUGUCGCCGUCCGAGGGCCACGCUCUCUCCUCCGAGUACCCAGAUCUGCAGGCCACGUCGCCGCUGGAGGCGUCGGUGCCCUCCCCUCAUCCCGGCAUCCAGAUCGAGCCGAUCGCCCAGGCGUUGAUCGCCCCGCAGAUCCACACCCACGCGACCGUGGAAACCGUCCAUCAAACGGUGUUGACGUCCAACGACGUGAUCGUGCAAACACAGUACACGAGAACGACGACGACCUUGCCGAACACCACGGUGCUACCGCAGGAGAGCUCGGUGCAGAUCACCGAGAUAACGGACGCGCCGUCCCUCUGCAGCGACUCCGGCCUCCAGCGGUCGAAUCCCGCUGCGAGCGUUCCGCUGACCAUCCCGGAGGGGAUCAACGCCCCGUCCACCCCGAGCCCCCAAGUCUCGCCCACGUUUUCGUCGACCGGGGUGCAAACCGCAACGAACGAGUCUCCGCAGUCGAUGCAAUCUCCGAAGGCGGCGAAGCCCAGAUCCCCCAGGGCUCCCAGGCCCAGGGCGAAGGGCAUCAAGCCGCACCUCCUGAAGAGCCCGGCGCAGGCUCACCCGGGUCACGUGAGGUUCCAGCCGAUGCAGAGCGCCACUCCGGUGAUACAGCUGCAGCAGGCUCAACGACCGGCCGGGCCGACGGUGAUCCUGCAGCAGGUGGCCUCGCCGAACAUCCUCUCGGCCUACGUGGAGACCCUGCAACAGCAGUCGGGCCAACAGAACCUGCAGUACAUAGCCGCGAUAGGGGGACAGCACGAGGCAGGAUUCAAGCCGCAGUUUAUUGCGGCGAACCAGAUAGUACCUGGGGCCUACAUCCAGGCGUCCUCGGACAACCUGCUGGCCCUGCAGAACGGGGGUAUCUCGGUGCUGCCCGGCGUCCAGAUAGCCCAGCCGCAGCCCACGGUCCUUGGGACCAUCAUUCAGCAGCAGCCCGGCGCGAUCCAGUGCGGCGUCAUCUCGUCGGAGCAGCUGGUCCUGAGCUCGACGCCCACCCUGGAGAUGUUCACGGAUUCGACGGGCAGCAUGUUCGUCUCGAGUCAGCCGAUGUACUACGGGCUGGAGACGAUCGUCAGCAACACGGUCAUGUCCUCCAGCCAGUUCAUGGCCGGGGCUGUGCCGCAGGUGCUGGCCAGCAGUUACCAGACGACCACCCAGGUCUUCCAGGCCUCGAAGCUGAUGGAGCCCAUCGUCGACGUGCAAGCCGUGUCCGCCGUGCCCGGGGUGCCGGCGGUACCCACGGUACCGACCGUACAGGCUGUGCAGAACGUCCCCGGGGUGCAGCCCGUGCAGAACGUGCCCGCGGUACCGUCGAUACAGACCGUGCCCGGAGUGCAGCCGGUGCAGAGCCUGCCCGGGGUGCAAUCUGGCGUGCAGGUUCAGAGCGUGGCCGGCAUGCAGGCGGUGCAAGGCGUCCCCGGGGUGCAAUCCGUGCAGAGCGUCACCGGCGCGCAGGGGAUCCGCAACCUGUCAGGGGUGCAAGCCGUGCCGGCCGUGCCCCCGGGGCAGAACGUGCCCACGGUGCAGCCGGUGCAGGGUCUACCCGGCGUGCAGGCGGUCCAGAGCGUUCGCGGCGUGACGAACCAACACGCGGGGUACAUCCUGAUGAACCAGCAGCCCGCUCCGGCGCCGGAGCCGAAGCGAGUGGCGGCGCCCAGGGUGACCAUGCAGCCGCCGCCCGAGCAGCAGACUUACGCGUCCAUCGGCUGCGACGCCGUCCCUCCUCCCGCACCCUGCCGACCCUCGGUGGAGGCCGUUCGGCCCGUUCGCGUGCCUCCGGAAGCCUCCCUCGUCAGCUCGGGACCCACGACGACGUCCCCGAAGCCGCUGCAGCACGCCACUCCGACGAUCCCCCGGGUGGCCGUCAGGCCCAGCCCCGCCUCCCACGCAACGCCUCACGUGACCGCCCACGUGACAUCCCAUGUAACGCCUCACGCGACCUCCCACGUGACCGCCACCCCGCACCAGCUGCAUCCCCCGUGGAAGGUGAGCGAGGCUCUCUUCGGCGCCGAACAGCCGGUCGACGGCGGCGCGAGGCCUUACUUCGACUCGAAGCACGUCUCCGAGAACACCAGCAUGAUCAAGCCUAGCAUAUCAUCGAAGAUACCCCCCUUGCCCGACCAUUGCAUCACGCAGAGGAACGUAGAUGUAAAUAAGUUAAGCCACGAUGUAAAUAUUGUGCAUAAUAGUUAUAGUAAUAUAAUGCCGAGCGGGAACGCGGGGAGCGUCAACGGCAACGGCGCCAACGCGAACGUCAGCGUGGCGAACAAGAUCUCGAUGCCGAUGAGCAACGCCCCGACGAGUCGGCCGAUGAACCGGGUCCUGCCGAUGCAGGCGGUCGCGCCUAAGCAAGACUCGCUCGAGCCCGUCGAGAAGCCCGACAUCGUCGAGGAGCCGCUCAAACCCGAGGCCGAGUCACCCAAGGAGGAGCUGGAGGACUCCAAGAAGCGGAUCGUCGAGAUCGCGGACCCGGUCAAGAGAGUCGAGGUCGAGGCCGACGAGGUCCCGGCCGAGGCGGUCAAGUUCAGCGCGGAGGACAUCGAGCGCGUCAAGGAGAACCUGAAGCUCGAGCUGGAGAAGGAGAAGAUCACCUCGCCGAACGCCUCGCUGAAGAUCGUCCUCCAGAAACAGCUGCAGGAUGGCUCGUACAAGAUCACGCAUAACAUGAAGGCGGCUGCCCAGAACAAGAAGAUGCCGCAGGUCACGUCGGUGGAGGUUCUCCCGCCGAAGCAGACCUCGCAGGCGACCACCUUGCAGCUGCUGCCGCUCAAGACCUUCACCCUGAAGGCGAACAAGGUGGAGGAGAGGCCCAAACCGACCAGUCCAGAGAGCAAGGAGACGAGGGAGGUCAAGGAGAACAAGGUGAGCCAAGUGAACCUCGUCAAGACGAAGACGCCGCCCGUGGCCGUGAAGAAACCCAGGUUCGCCGCGAAGGCCCAUAAGCCCGAGAAGAACGACCCUCCGAUCCCGAGGGCGCCGAAGAAGUGCGCCACGGGACCCAGCUUGAUGUACGAGAUUAAGUCCCAGGACGGAUUCACGCACACCGCUUCUUCCAUGUCCGAGAUUUGGGACACGGUCUUCAAGGCCGUUCAGGCUGCCAGGAGGGCCCACAACCUGCCCCCGCUGCCGCACAACCCUCUGACGGAGAACCUCGGACUGGACAACAACGCCACCGUGUAUCUCGUCGAGCAGCUGCCCGGCGUCAACCGGUGCACCAAGUACAAGCCACGGUUCCACGACCUGGCACCUCCGAAACCUGGGGAACUGGAGAACGACCUCCUGGCCGAGUGCGACAACGGAGCCGCUCGCGCGGAGCCGUUCAAGGGACGCAAGGUUCACGACAUGUUCAGCUGGCUGGCGUCGAGGCAUCGACAGCAGCCCAAAAUGGUGCCGAUGACGGAGACGGAGUCGAGAAGGACGGCCAGCACGAACCUACCGAUGGCAAUGAGAUUCAGAAUCCUGAAAGAAACGUCGAAGGAGUCGGUAGGCGUCUACCACUCGCACAUUCACGGAAGAGGUCUGUUUUGCCUGAGGGACAUCGAGGCCGGGGAGAUGGUGAUCGAAUAUGCAGGAGAGGUUAUUCGAGCUUCCUUGACGGACAAGCGGGAAAAGUAUUACGACAGCAAAAACAUCGGCUGCUACAUGUUCAAAAUUGACGAUCACCUGGUCGUCGACGCCACCAUGAAGGGGAACGCGGCGAGGUUCAUCAACCACUCGUGCGAGCCUAACUGCUACUCCCGGGUGGUGGACAUCCUGGGCAAGAAGCACAUCCUGAUCUUCGCCCUGCGUCGCAUCGUCCAGGGGGAAGAACUGACCUACGACUACAAGUUCCCCUUCGAGGACAUCAAGAUCCCGUGUACCUGCGGCUCGCGCAGGUGUCGCAAAUACCUCAACUGAGACUGCUUCUGUACGCAUAACGGAGGAAGGAAGAAGGAGAGCCGCAUUGGGCGGAGAAGGAAAUACGUGUGUGCUAUUAUUACGUGCGCUUACGGCGUAGGAUUCGUUUUAUCGAACGUCACUUUGAUUUUUAAUCGUCAAACUAUUUUCCGAGACACCGCUGCUUUUUACCGCUACUAACGGAUGGCAUAGCCGUACUUUACGAGGCCCCGAGGUGCACGGGCCCCGGGGCGCGCUUUUAAAAAAUUCGUUUAAGGAAUACUUAACCCAGAGCAAUAACGAUUCAAUGUGUCCCGCUUUCGUGCUUCGAGAGGAAGAAAGAGGGAGGGAGGAAGGAAGAGAGUGUCCUUUCCGUGCGACGCGCGACCGCGUCCCUUCGAGAAUGCAAUCCGCACGCCUGCGCUUUCGCGCACGGCUUCUAGACUAACCUAGUAUUGUCCACUGUCGAGGCUUACUCCGCGAGUACUUUCGCGCUUUACGCUAAACUUGGACGAUUCGCCGUAGACGCGUUUUAUUAUAUAUAUAUUAUAUAUAUUUUUUUUUUAUUAACCUUACCGAGUUGCAUUCUGUAGAUCGGCUCGAUGGACCCCGAGUGACCGUACACCGUAUAAAGUGCAUAAUACGCGAACGACGUCUCACACGUUGGAUUCGAUCUAAGUCACGGGUUAACGAAAACUAUUCAAAGGGGGGGAAUAACGAUAGGAUGCGCCUUUACGGCGAGGUCUCCGUUUAAUCGGGUAAACGGCGAUUCUGGUCCAGGGUUUAGUGUACGGCGUACGAUUCACUUUGCAACCGUUCGUGUCCGUUGUAGGGCCAGGUUUCGAACUCUCCUGUAAAAUAUUGUAAUUGUUAGGCUACAUAGACAUUGUCUCGGUGUAAGUAAAUAGCCAGUUUUAACCCCUUAAGGUAUAGGAGCAUAGACCCUAAGGAGAGAGAUAGAGAAUGGCAAGAAGAGGCGGCCGCCCGGGGACUCCGGGAGGCCGCUCGAGGGCGCACCUUCCUCGACAGAGACCGCCUCGACGACUCUCGCGACGGCGACCCUUCGGUUCCGUCUCUUUUUAUACGCCUAAGUCCUUUCUUUUCUCUCCUUUUACGCGACGUCCCUUUACGACGUCCCCGUAACGUGCUUCCUUUCCGGGCGCGACACGGCUACGCGGUUUGUCCUCUGCCCGCGAAUCAUUGUUUAUCCUUUAAAAGGGUUACGGAGAACUUUCCCACGGUGAAGGUUUCCGGGGGCAAACGUAGCGAGUGUCGCGAUCGCGGAUCGUGUAGGUCGCGCGACUCCUCGAGAGGAAUCUUUGCCUUAAGUAUCUUGAGUGCAUUGGCGUUUUAGCCCGGUGAUAGAUAUAGAAGUGUACCUUUUAGGCCCUUUAGGCCCACCCGAGACACGCCCUCGGACCGUUUUAACCGUAUUUACCUAGAUUUCUUGGCGAACGAACGGUCGGUCUCUGUCGAGGCAGGUCCGCCUCACAUCUGGUGCUCUAUGGACACCGUCAAGUGCACUUUUCACGAAAAAAUGGCCUAGAGUAAGAGAUAGUAGGUUGCGGCUGAAGUGUUUGAUAAUAAUAAGGCGAGAGGCGUUAUACGAAGAUUAUCGAUUGCGAAUUAUUUAACGAAGUAAUAUAAGCGAGAGAGAAAGAGAGAAAGAGAGAGAGAGAGAGAAAGAGAGCGCGCGCAAGAGAGAGAUAGUUGUGGAUAAAUGAUGGCGGGAACAUUAUUUGGGCACGCAAUAACGUCGGGCGUGCUGCGUCUUAAUCGGCCUGGUUUGGUACAAAAUAUGUAUGAUGAGUUGUAAAAAGUCGUAUAAACAAAAAAGAAGGGGGGUCGGGGAAUGCGAAGAAGAAAAAAAAGAGAGAAAAAAAAUGGAAACUUGUUCUGGUCACGAGAAAUUGCCAUUUUUUAGCUAUUUCGAGUCUUAUAUAUUUUUUUUGUCAAUCUUCUCUUUUUAUUAUUAUUUUUUUUAAUUAUUUUUUUUUUUCUUUUGUUCUUUUCGUAAUGCUGUAAUUACCGGUAAAUUAAGAAUUAUUAUUCGAGGACGAAUGUUGUUAAUAUAAUGAUAAUUAAUUUUAAUCUUGUAAAGACGAAACGAAGAUACGACGUAAGGAAGGUAACGAUUUUACUUUGAAAAUAUAAUAGCGAUGUUAGAUAUUUUAUUGAUAUUUAUUGAUAUGCGAACGGCGGUCUCGAGAUCGACGCGCGGAGAUAUUUAAUGAAUUUAACGGAGACACCGGGACGGACGGGCGAGACGGCGCUGUUAGCGCUUAACUUUUCGAGAUCGGCGACGGUUCGAGGACGCGCGUCGUCUCUCGUUUUAGCGGAUCACGACGCGGCGCGGAUAUCAACGAAUUCUUAUCAAGCGGGUUCCGGCUCGGCGAGCGACGAUUAGCCCUUCGGGCUCGUUCGCCUUGCGCGGAGUUUAGGAGGGAGUUUACGAGGGACGGGUACGUCGCACGCGAGACGCUAACGGGUACCCGGUGAACCGAGCGUUUCCGAAAGGUUGUCCAACGCGUAACGCAUGGCUGUGUAGAAUAGUUUCUCGCGUUUCCCGGAGGCUGGUGCAAGAACGCGUCCUCGGCUGUCCCGAGUGAACCGUCGACCGGCGCUUCCUUGCACCGGCCGCGAGAAGCGAGCGAUUGAUCUCGUCGGCGAGCUCUCCUACCUGGGGAGAGGCUGGGACUCUCGCGCGAGAGAUGCGACUGUAAGCGCCUGUAAGAACCGAUCCAGUAAUUGUACGUAAACGGUGCGCCAGGCCGUUGAACCACGCAAUACGCGUACCGCACGUCGAGCGGAAACGCCGAGUACCUCCUCUCGAGGAGUCCGGUCGAGCGUCUCGCGUUCACCGGGUGGACCGGUGCGGACCACUCGCAGGGAAUUAUCCGGGGCAACCGUAUCUUGGACUUGUUUUAACGUACCUACUUCUAGAGCCCUAGACGACGAAUCGCGAGAAACGGGACAAAGUGGGGUAUUAAUAUACGCGCACGGCCGCGUACUUAGGGUACGUACCAUGCGUGCGCCCGACGCGAUUAGCUCCAGCUCGUUCCUCGGGAAUACGGGAGGCGCUUUCUUCCGUUUCUCGCCGUCACCUUUGCGUAGCGUGUAACAGGAGAGAGAGAGAGCAUUUUAGUAUUACCGCAUCAGCCUUCUCACGUUUAUUAUUAAUUAUGUUAACGCACCAAGCAUCACCCAGUCGCUCGCUUUUCCGUGUUUCGACUACGUUUAAGCACCGUUCGUUCCCCGAGGCCGCUCGGAAGGUACUGCGUGCGCGGAUAAUCGAGAAGCGUAUCUCCUCGGAGAAGAGGAGACCUCGAGUAGAAGGAGGAGCGCGGGUCUCGCCCUGGCCGAGGACGAGGUCGCGCUCGCUCGAGGAAUGGAUUACUAAAAGGGAUAAGGGAUUAUUAAUAUUAUUAACAAACUCGAGGGCGAGAGGAGAGAAAGAGAGAGAGAGAGAGAGAGCGAGAGAGAGGAUGGGAAAUUUGAGAGAAAAUCGUCUGUGAUUGCCAGUCAUAAUAAUCUUUAGGUCGACAUAUUUUUUAGAGGAUAUUUUUUAGAAAAUCACAAAAUUUACGAUAUACCCCAUAUUAUUGAUACGAUAUUCGAUCGAACGCGCGCUGCGCACGACGUCGCAGCCGGAAUUCGAGGUGUGCGAGGGAAAGAAAGAAGGAAGGAAGGAAAUUAAUAAGAGAGACGGAAAGAACGAGGGCCGAGAAAACGAGGGAGAGAAAGUUGCAAACUGUUUAUUAGCGUUACGACUAGUUGAGAUCGAUGGCUGUUGUAAAAUAUUCAGUGUUCGGACAGAUAAUUAUUGAAAACUAUUUAUAACAACUAAUGUCGAGAUAUAAUAUUACGAUAUAUCGCAUAUUAGCUGCGCUCUUAACCCCUUGCGUUUGAUAUUCGUGGACGCGCUCGUCGCGGGAUCGCAGGCGGGGAGGGGAGGGGAGGGGACCUCCGAUCGAUCGGCGCUCUAUCGAGAUCUUCCCAUCCGGGACACGUCCGGAACGCGUCCGGAACCGACCGACGCGGGAAACGGCGAACGCUUUGCCCAGAGUAUUUGCCUGCAAAAUCCAUUGUUAUCGGUCCGUCUACUUACCGUACGGAAGGAAAGGUGGAAUGGGAGACGGAGAAAGGGAGGGAGGAAGAGAGAGAGAGAGAGAGACGAAGUAAUCGUAACAUUAACCCGAAGAUAUUACGCGUACCGCAUAGAGAGGACACUUAGCCGCUUUCAUCAUUUACGAACACGACACACACGUACACUCUCACACUUGCGCCCAUGUUUUGUAAUUAAAUGUUUUGUUAGUAUUAUAUGAGAAAUUAACAAAAUAAAUCACAAGUGGAAAGAUCAA